AUGCAGAUGAAUUCAAAAGCCCUUUCCGCCACGUCCCCCACCCACCUUCCCUCCAGCACUUCUUACUUAAUUCCGCCUCGUUAUCCACCAAGCACCCGGGCUUUCAAUCACAGCAACUCCCGGGCACAUAAAUUGGAUAAUUUUUACGAAAUAGAAGAAGAGGAAGGAGGAGGAGGAGGAGAAGACGACGACGAGGAGGAGGUGGAGGACAACGAUGGAAAAAGAGGAAUGAAGAAGCCGAAAAAAGCGGUCCGUCUCUGCCGCUUAACUUUGUAUUUCGCCCCGGAAAUAAACGUAUGUGCUGUUGUUGCUCUCCGUGCAACAACUGUGAUUCGGCGUCUUAUUUGGAGCCCAUUUGGAGCGGAUCUCAGCAUGCCUGGCACAGCAGUUAGAAAUUUCCAGGACUGGUCAGCUGAUUUAACUAAAAAUUGGAGGAAUUAA